UUGUAUAGCAUCACAGUGUGUGUUUAUAAGUAUAAUAAUUGUUCAUACGAGUUAAUUUAAUAAUUAAUUAAUCGUUUGAUUAAAAUUUUCAAAGAACAACAGAUACACGCCUCAUCAUGUCGCAUGUUUUUGUUACUUUUAAAUUUCGCUACAGAAAAACAUCAAUUAAACUUGAAAUAAAAACUCCCAUAGAUUUAUCUGGAUUAACUGACAUACUAAAAAAUGAAUUAAAAUUGGAGGAAACAGAGGAACUUAUGUUAUUGUGUCCAACGCUCGAUGGAAAUAUGAUGGAACUUCAAUCAGAUGAUGAUGUUAAAUUUUUAAUGGAAACAAAAAUUGCCUAUAAUGCUGUAACCAAAACAAUGCACUGCAACGUAGAACUUGUAGUAAUUAUAAUUAAUAACUUGCUAGAUGACAAAGAAGCUCAAUUUAUGAUUUUAUCAAAAAAAAUUGAUAAUUUAACAUUUAAAGUUGAUAAAUUAUCGGAUUUUAUCGAAAACACUGAUGAAAAUAAAUCCAGCACUUUUUCGGCCAUUAGGUCUGAAAGCAAAGAAAAGAAUACUUUCUUGAGUAAAUUAGAUCAGAUAGGAUUUAAACCCAAUUUGGAUGAAUGUAAAAAAAAUACUGAGGAAGACAAGGAAAGUUUGUUGUCAGAAACUAAUGAUAACUUAAUAUCACCCACGUUGGAAAUGGAAAGAUUUGAUGCAUUGUCAGUUCUUCUAAAUUUUGAAUCUGAAAAUGUUGAUAGUUUAUUUCAUAAGUUGAAAGCAUAUGGAUUUACCGACGAGUUUCGCAAUAUUAUAGUAUUAAAGAAAUUUAAUAAUGAUUAUGAAAAAGCCAUUAAUUCUCAACCUUAACUUCAAUGAAAUAUAAAAUACAAAUACUACAGUAAAAAAAAUUUAAAAGAAUAUAAUUUUUUUUUUGAAUGUAAUUUUAUUAUAUUAUAAUAAUAUUAUCAUGCUCUUAAUACAUUAUUGUUA